UCACAAAAGUAUAAUGAACGAAGCUGGCCCUCAUAUAGAGGAUACAUCGUCGAAUCUGAGAAGAUGGACAUCAGAGGAACAAAAUCGAUUAAACCGCCAACGAGAGACAAAUGAAGUUCAAUCAAACUCAAUUUUUAAUGCAAUAUAUGAAACAGUUAUUGCUGCUUUUCUCAUAAUCCUACUCGUAAUGUCUCGAGGGGCUAGAUGAGGCAAAGGAGUUAAGGAGAUUAUUAUUAUCAGUUUUGCUAUUCGAAUUGGGUUUCUUGCACCACUCAACUUCAUUCUUCACUACCUAGUGAAACAUCGCAAAAUGAAUCCUUCUGUUGUCGGGAUGAUUAACAGCAUAAUUGGCUUACCUUUCGUAGGAUGGUACAUAUUCAUUACGGUUCAUUUCUUCAAAAGCGCAAAGCAUUGAACACAUGAAUCGAGCGCUCUUUACUGGGGAUUUAUGAUCCUGCUAGUAGAGAGUUUUUUCUAUUAUAUCAAGCUCAUCGUCGUAUUAAUAAUCGUCGUUGCUGUUGUCACUUACUGUGGGAUUCACCAUUCACUCAGCAAACGAAAGAAGAAGAGAGUCAAAUUGAAGCAGAUCCUGUUGGGAAUCGGUAAUCUCAAGAUGAAGCGCGAUUAUUAUGAACCUGACGACGUCUGCUCAAUCUGUUGAGAGCAGUUCUCAGCUGACCAGAACAUCAUUAGAUUACCUUGAAACAACAAGCACUACUUCCAUGAUAACUGAAUUGGAGAGUGGAUUAACAAUAACCCAUCCUGACCGCUCUGAAAAUUCAAGAUUACCGAAGAAGUCUUUCAAAAAUUUGUAGAGAAGCCAGAGGGUAGAGAUAGUAGUCUCCCUGUCAGAUUUGAGGCCCAAAAUAACUCCUAAUUGUUAAUAGUAAAACCUGAUAAAUAUCCC